UGGAGAAGUGAGGGACCAGGAGCGAAGCGUGAGCUUCAGUGCGAGCAGCCGUCAGCAACUCAGAUUCUUUGACCCAGAAACAAAGUCCAGUCCACCAGAGGAACCAUGGCCUCCCGUUUGAUCUCCGGCCGUCACACCGCCGCUCUGCUGGCCAGCCUGGGAGUGGGCACCAUGGCGACAGGCUUCCUGCUGAGCGACGGCAGCCCGCUGGCUGCUGACUCCAAAAGGAAGCUGUAUCCCCCGAGCGCCGACUUCCCAGACCUACGUAAACACAACAACUGCAUGGCUUCCGCUCUGACCCCGGCUAUCUACGCCCAGCUGAGGGACAAGUUGACCCCCAACAACUGGACCCUGGACCAGUGCAUCCAGACCGGAGUGGACAACCCGGGACACCCGUUCAUCAAGACGGUGGGCUGCGUGGCCGGAGACGAGGAGAGCUAUCAGGUCUUCGCUGACCUCUUCGACCCAGUCAUCAAGGACCGUCACAACGGCUAUGACCCCAGAACCAUGAACCACCCCACCGACCUGGACUCCUCCAAGGUGCUGCCCCUUACAGGUCUGAUGCUCUCACAGCGGCUGACGCACUCUUAUCUCCUGCAGCUUACUCACGGGAUGUUCGACGAGAACUACGUCCUGUCCUCGCGGGUCAGAACUGGCCGCAGCAUCCGCGGCCUGAGUCUGCCGCCCGCCUGCAGCCGGGCCGAGCGGCGGGAGGUAGAGCGGGUGGUGGUGACGGCACUGGCCGGCCUGGCAGGAGACUUGGCGGGUCGCUACUACAGUCUGGGGGAGAUGACAGAGCAAGAGCAGCAGCAGCUGAUCGACGACCACUUCCUGUUCGACAAGCCCGUGUCUCCUUUAUUGACCUCGGCCUUCAUGGCCCGGGACUGGCCUGACGCCAGGGGGAUCUGGCACAACAAUGAGAAGACGUUCCUGAUCUGGGUGAACGAGGAGGACCAUACCCGAGUCAUCUCCAUGGAGAAGGGGGGCAACAUGAAGCGGGUCUUUGAGAGGUUCUGCAGAGGACUCAAGCAGGUGGAGCACCUGAUUCAGGAGCGAGGCUGGGAAUUCAUGUGGAACGAGCACCUGGGCUACAUCCUGACCUGCCCGUCCAACCUGGGCACAGGACUCCGGGCGGGAGUCCAUGUCCGUCUGCCAAAGCUCAGCAAGGAUCCUAGAUUUUCAAAAAUCCUGGACAACCUGCGCCUGCAGAAGAGGGGCACCGGUGGCGUGGACACGGCGGCCACCGGAGACACGUUUGACAUCUCCAACAAUGAUCGUCUGGGUAAAUCCGAGGUGGAGCUGGUGCAGCUGGUGGUGGAUGGGGUCAACUACCUGAUCGAGUGCGAGAAGCGCCUGGAGAAAGGUCAGGACAUCAAGAUCCCACCUCCAGUUGCCCAGUUCAGGAAGUGAGGAUGCUGCCGGGCUGGAAGUGAACUCCACUGGUUUCAAAAUAAAAGCUCUAGAUUCUGA